CCCAAAGGCGGUGGAACGGGUUGCUUGGCAAUCGAAUAAAAGGGGGGAAGGAGGAGUGAUUUCGCGCGUUGACCGGAUUCCGAGUUGUUUCUGAUAGAUUCGAGAGCUAAGGUGCGUCUUUUCUCGUCUGGCUAGAAAGCGUUUGAAAAAAAGGCGAUACCUAUCAUCUCAGUACGACGAGAUGUCCGUCAUGGGUAAGCCAGUACUCUAUUCCUAUUGGAGGAGUUCCUGUUCUUGGAGGGUGAGAAUUGCAUUAAAUUUAAAAGAGAUACCUUAUGACAUAAAACCUGUCAGCCUAGUAAAAGGUGGAGGAGAACAACAUUGUAAUGAGUUCCGUGAAAUAAAUCCAAUGGAACAAGUGCCUGCACUUCAUAUUGACAAUCAUACAUUGAUAGAGUCUCUUAAUAUAUUGCAAUAUCUGGAAGAGACUAGACCACAUCGUCCAUUGAUGCCAGCUGAUCCAGUCAAAAGAGCUAGAGUUAGAGAGAUUUGUGAAGUCAUAGCUAGCGGUAUACAACCUUUGCAGAAUUUAGUUGUGCUAAUAUAUGUAGGGGAAGAACGUAAGAAGGAAUGGGCACAGCAUUGGAUAACAAGAGGUUUUACAGCUGUAGAAAAAUUGUUGUCUUCCAGUGCAGGCAAAUAUUGUGUAGGAGAUGAAAUUACAUUAGCAGAUUGUUGUUUGGUGCCACAAAUUUUCAAUGCCAGAAGGUUUCAUGUUGAUUUGAGACCAUUUCCAACAAUUUUAAGGGUAGAUAGACAUUUAGAAGGCCAUCCAGCUUUCACUGCAGCUCACCCUAAUAACCAGCCUGACUGUCCACCUGAGGCGACCAAGUAGCAAGCAAGGCAGACCACCCUUUUCCUCUUCUAAUUCACUGGAAGUAUGGAAAGAGGUGGUCCAAUUUUUUGUGGUUUGGUAGUGGCAAAAGGUGUUAAAGUACCCAUGAGCCUUAUUUUGUAUCAAAUUUACAAAGAAAUGACGUUAUCAAGAAACUACUCUUUGUAUUUAUAGAGUAGAAUUCACAUGCAUAUAAGAUGCGUUUUUGCUUAAAUUUUUAAUAAGCACAGAGAGCAUAACGUUAAAUUUGCAACUAUAUCUUUUGCUAAUUUUAUAUGAAAUACAUUUACAGGUCCGUAAAAUAAUGGUACGUUUUCACCUUUUAUCACUUUUAAACUACAAUCAAGUAUUGAAAUGGUAGAUGAUACGGAACAUACUAUGUAUCACUGAUACAAGAUAUUUCAUCAUCAACAUGAUCAAACUGUGUGCUAUUGUAUCAGUUGUUUGAAAAUAAAGUGAUAGUCGUGCCAUUUCUGUACUUAAUGAAAGAAUAGGAAUAUUGGCCUAUUUUUUUACUUCUGUUAUGUUGUUUUGAUUAUUUUAUAUGCACAAUCAAAAUUUACAAAAUUUGUCUUCGUACAGCGUUUACAUAAUAUUUUAUAUAAUGUAUUAACCUAUUAAGAAUAGGUUCUGUUGUCUGAAAUCAAAAGUUUACUUUUAUACUUAUAAUAUAAUUUUUCAAUUAACUUUGACUCAUAUAGAAUAAGAAAAAGUGUUACUAUUUAAUAAUAGUAAAAUAUCUUUAAAUUUUUUGCUGAAACUAGCAUAAUGACUGCAACUUCCAGUAUAUGUAGUAUAUAAACUUGGAAAGGAAGAGGGAAAUUCAUAGGAAAUGCAUUUUAUUGAAAUUUAACAACAAUACUGAGGAAUGAAAAGUACAAAUCAUAUUCCUUUUAAAACAUUUCCCCUUUAGAUACAUCUAAUUUUGUCGCGCGAGAUAACUUUACUAAGUUUUAAAUAAUAAAAAUUAUAUAUGGUGAUUAUAAAUCAGUUUAUAGUUUUUAUAGUUAAUAUUUUUAAUGUUAAAAACAAACUACGGAGUAUUUGUUCUUUGAAAAUUACAAAAUUUAUAUCAGGGAUAUGUCAGAUUUACAUUUAAUUUUCCUUAUUUGAGAUUAAUAUUACUUUUUUCAUUUAUUAUCAGCAUAUGACUAUAUUUAGGUUAUAUUAUGAUAACUUCAUUAAAUCAAUAAUUGAAGUAUGGUGAAUUAUUAAUCAAAUAGAUUUAUCAUCAAACUUUUCUAUAUUUUAAGUUUUUUAUUGAUAUAAUAUUGUGCAAUUGAUAUUACUUGUUUGUGUGUUUUCUAUUAUGGAAAUAGAAAUAAUAAUCAAUUGUAUUUUGCCACUGGAACUUUGUUAUAAAUGCAGGAAGUAUAAAAAACUAAUUUAUAUUUACAUACUGAUCAAGCAAAAAUUAUGCAUAUAGCAUACAAAUGAUGAAAUAGAUAUGUAGAUAAUUUUUUAUACAGAACAUUUAAAUCAAGGACUUGGAUACGAUCAUUGCAUUAAAUUAACGAGAUUUAUAUACAUAUCUAUGUUGUUUUCCUCAGCUCAGUUUUUUUUUGUAUAUUAUCCUUGUCCAUAUAUAAAUGCGCAAACAAGUAAUGCACAUUACAGUUGUAUACAACAUAGAAUUAUCUAAUAAAUUGAAUAAAACAUCAAAGCACACGUAUUACAUAAUAAGGAAUAUGUAAUUGAAUAUUGCGAUAUAUUGAUCUUGUUUUUUUUUCCUCAUUGAAAAUAGUUAAUCAUAAUGAGAUCAGUAAUUCAAUGACUGAGAAUAAAUUCAUCACCAUUUAUAUAAUUUAUAUAAAAUAAAAAUUAACUUACGUUACGAGUACAUGGUGAGAUAUAGUAAUCUUUUCUGUAAAUUUUAAGGCAAGAAUAGUAUUUUGCCCAAUUACACUGAUACAAUAUGAUUAUAUAAAUAUAGAGUUACAAUAUAUCACUCUGGCAGUAAAAUGUCAAACUUUUAUUGGAAGCAUUAUAUAGUUUGAAAAAAUAAUGGCAAUAAGCAUAUUCGUUACAACUUCAUGUUGCUAUGGUCCUAAUUAGAUUUUAGGUAGGAUUACUUACAUAACAUUUGUAAAAGAAUGUGUGGGAACGUUAGAAGAGCAAAUGUGGAUCUGUAUAAUAAUGGUAGCAUUUUGUCACCAUAGUAUGAUAUACAUAUUUUAUAAGUGAAAAUGAUAGUGUAUGUUCAUCGCUUAUAGGAAGUAAUAAAUUCUGUGUCAUAGCAAUGUAUAUUAUUUUGUAGAUGCUAAAGUAAAAAAUAAUGAAUUAAGUAUAUUUGUGACUGUGCACUUAUUAUUUGAAUAAAUAUACAUUUUAAUUGUA